GAGAGAGAGAGAACCGUGAUUUGUUCGACAUAUGAAACAUAUUUUCUCGUAUUCGAUAUCGAACUCGCGUCAAAUUUCGAGUAUUUAAUUUAUUCACUGAGAUCUCCAUGAAUUAAUCAUAAAUAUUCUGUGGUGAUGUAAUCAGCGCGUGUUCGAACAUGGACGACGAGAAAUCGAAUGAUGACGGUUGUGAGACGGUGGACAACAGGCCGCAAUUCGGAACGCGAAGCUUGCCUCGUGACGGAAAUAUCUUCCAGCACAAUGCAUGGGAUAAUGUCACGUGGAAUGAGGAACAGGAAAAGCUCGCACAGCGUAAGGUGGACGAAAAUUCGAUCGUCACCGUAUCACCCGAGCAACUCUUGAAGUAUGAAACUGACGCGGACAAAUACUGGGACAAAUUUUACGGUAUACACAACGAUGGAUUCUUUAAAAACCGACAUUGGCUAUUGACAGAGUUUCCAGAACUAGCCCCCGAUACGGUAAAACAAAAUACUGAAAGACCAAUGCGAGUAGCACUUACGAAUGAGGCUAAAAGUCAUGGCCGUAGACAUAUUAAAAUCCUCGAUUUGCCUUGCAAAGAUGGUUGCAGAAUAUUAGAAAUUGGCUGUGGCGUAGGAGAUACUGUGUUUCCUAUACUCGCGUAUAAUGUAGACCCAAAGCUAUUUGUAUAUUGCUGUGAUUUUUCCACUAAAGCUAUUGAUAUACUGCAACAAAAUUCAGCGUACAAUGUAGAUAGGUGCAAAGCAUUUGUUCUUGAUGUGACUCAAGAAACAUGGACAACUCCUUUUGAAGUCGAGAGUCUGGACAUUGUUGUACUGAUAUUUGUGCUAUCUGCCAUCCAUCCUGAUAAAAUGCAACACGUUGUACGGCAGAUACACAGGUAUUUGAAGCCAGGUGGCUUGGUUUUAUUUCGCGAUUACGGCAGAUAUGACUUAGCGCAAUUAAGAUUUAAGAAGGGCAGUUGUCUCGGUGGGAAUUUUUACGCGCGCGGAGACGGUACUAGAGUGUACUUCUUCUUACAAGAGGAUGUCAGAACGUUAUUUACCGAUAACGGCUUUAUCGAAGAACAAAACUUUGCGGACAGACGAUUGCAAGUUAACAGGGGUAAGCAAUUGAGUAUGUACCGAGUGUGGAUUCAGGCGAAAUAUCGGAAAACACUCGCAUAGAAAUAAAGAAGUUUUAUAAUUUACGAAAAUCUCUGUGGGACAAAGUAAAGUUUAUGUUUGAAUGAUCGCUCGAGGUAAAAAGAAUAACGAGAUCAUUCUUUCUUCCGUAGAAAUUAAUGAUGUCGAUUAGCAUCGUAAAACCGAACCGAUUAAAAAUUGUAUCUAUUUUUACAUACCUGUUUUUUCAACAGUAUUCUCUUAAUUUGCACAUCACUGUGUAAUACACAUAAAAAAUUAAUUCGUCCCGCGUGGUGCUUGUUGAGUCGUAAUUUCCCUGAAUCAAAUGUACAAUGGAUAAAUUUGAUUUUAUACACAAUCAAAGAAUAUAUAAAUUUUUUA